AGAGUUUGGGGGCGCGGCCAAGAGAUCAAACUGCACCUCUCAGAUCCAAAGCUCUGUUGCUUGACGUCACGGACACUUGUCUGUCAGUCUCCUAGAGGGGCACUCUCUCUCACUCUCUCUUUCUCUUUCCUUCUACCUCUCACUCACACCCGGAGAGCGGGAAGCAAAGCAAAACACUUAAAAUUACGGUGAGCUGAGUUACCUCUUGCUCACAUACUGACCCAGUCGUUGGCAAGAACAGCACCCUCUGAGCGGACAGCAGGAGCUUCAGGCUUCAGGAGAGCAGUCCCCAUGCAAAACGAGCUUCCACAACCCUAAUUUGCCCAGGCUGCAGCUCCAGGGCAGUAUGAACGUGAGUGCCGCCUCCCUAAACGAUUCAGGGGCUGUUGAUGCAGCAGCGGUUGCUGUGGAAGGAGCAGCGACAGCAGCUGCAUCUGACCCAACUCGAUGGUUGCCCCCUGGGAGCGCCGCACUAGGCAGUGGGACCAAUGGGUCCCUGGAGCUCUCAUCACAGCUGCCUGCGAGUUCUCCUGGGUUGCUCCUGUCGGCCAUCAACCCGUGGGAUGUGAUGCUGUGUGUGUCCGGCACAGUGAUCGCUGGCGAGAACGCACUGGUGGUAGCCAUCAUCUCCUCUACUCCAGCGCUGCGCACGCCCAUGUUCGUGCUGGUAGGGAGCCUGGCCACCGCUGACCUGCUGGCGGGAUGCGGGCUCAUUCUCAACUUCGUAUUCCAGUAUGUGAUUCCUUCUGAAACCGUCAGCCUGCUCACUGUGGGCUUCCUCGUGUCCUCUUUCACUGCCUCCGUCAGUAGCCUAUUGGCUAUCACCGUGGACCGCUAUCUGUCGCUCUACAACGCUCUCACUUACUACUCAGAGAGGACCCUACUGUGCGUCCAUCUCAUGCUGGCGGUGACCUGGGGGGUGUCCCUAUGCCUGGGGCUCCUGCCAGUGCUUGGCUGGAACUGCCUGGCUGACCGUGCGUCUUGCAGUGUGGUCCGGCCGCUCACUCGCAGCCACGUGGCGCUUCUCUCCACAUCCUUCUUCGUGGUCUUCGCCAUCAUGCUGCACCUUUACGCUCGCAUCUGCAAGGUGGUUUGCCGCCACGCUCACCAAAUUGCUCUGCAGCAGCACUUCCUGGCCCCACCUCACUACGUAGCCACCAGAAAGGGGGUCAGCACUCUGGCCAUAGUCCUCGGGACUUUUGGAGCCAGCUGGCUCCCUUUCGCCAUCUACUGCGUGGUUGGCAAUCACGAGUACCCGUCAGUGUACACUUAUGCCACUUUGCUCCCUGCCACCUACAACUCCAUGAUUAACCCCAUCAUCUAUGCCUACAGGAACCAGGAGAUUCAGAGGUCCAUGUGGCUCCUGUUCUGUGGUUGUUUCCAGUCCAAAGUGCACUUCCGCUCUAGAUCCCCCAGCGAUGUGUGAAAGGAUCCUCUCUCCUCCCUCCCAGCACUACACAAGUUGACAAUAUUGGCGAACUACACAGUGCCUGUUGAUGAACUUCUAGACCCAUUAGUGUGAAAGUCUCUUUUAAAAAAUUCAACCCUACACCAACACAAAAGCUCACCAAGAAAAUAUGCUUCAGGUUAGCACUUUAUAUAUACAGUGUAUAUAUUCAUGUAGAUAUAUAUACAAAUAUUUGUAUCCUCUGAAAGUGUUCAGGGUUUUGAGCUUACAAUUCUGUGAAAAAAAAAGUGGUUGCAUACCAAAAUUGUACAUCACAUUUGUGAAGUGAAGACAUUCCAAAACUGCUUAAUUAUAGCACUUUAUUUCUAGCUGCUGAACUGCCAAAACAGUGUUGCCAUGUUGGAAAGCAGGGGAAAGAAAGUAAAAUGUUGUAUUUUUGUUGUAUGUGAUGGUAUAUUUUGCUGCACACACAUCAAUACAUUACAACAUAUUUUGUACACAAAUAAAUACAUCAAAUGUGUAUUUGUGUAUUUGUCUAAUUGCAAACCCAACAUUUUAAAUCUGAUUCAUUAAAGUAUUUUGAAAAUCUUGA